AUGAAUAAAAAAUUUUAUAUAAUAAUUAUUUCUAUCAAAUAUUUUCUUUUAUUCAGUAAAGCGAAAAUUAAGAAAAAUAAAUAUAUAUUUUCAAAGAAAAACUUAAAUAAUUUAACAUUUUUAGAAUCGUCAUUAAGGGAGUUUUAUUCUAUAAACAAAUUUCUAACAAAAAGAAAAUUCAUUUCAAAAAUAAACGUAAAAAGAAAAAAAAAAGAAGAAAAAAUAGAAAAAAUUGGGAAUUAUGAAACAUUUUUAAUAGUUGAUGGAUCGUCUAUUUUAUUUAAAAAUUUCUUUGGUAUGCCUUUUCUAAAAAAUGAUAACGAAAUAAAUUUAAGCACUAUAUAUGGAUUUAUUCAAUCAUUAAAUAAAAUUUAUAAUUUAUUCUUACCAUCUUAUGUUGUUAUUGUAUUUGAUUCUAAAACAUCAAAUGACAAUAAAAAAAAGAUAUAUGCAAAUUAUAAAAUAUUUAGAAAAAAAAAUCCAGAAGAAAUUUAUGAACAACUUAAAAUUGUUAGUAACUUUUGUGAUCUUAUUGGUAUAAAAACUAUUAGUUCAACUAAUAUAGAGAGUGAUAAUUAUAUUGCUAGGAUCGUUGAUAAUAUUUAUAAUACAAUAAAGAGUAAAACAUAUGAUAUUUAUAAAAAUGAUGAAGAUAACAGAAAAUUAAAUGAAAAUAGUGAUGAUUUUAAAGAAAUGAAUGGAAAAGAUGAGAUAACAAAAGACUACGAAAAUAAAAAAAAAAACGAUUCUCAGAGAGAAUUACGUGUUAUUGUUGUUUCUAGUGAUAAAGAUUUAUUGCAGCUUUUAGAAUAUAACAAUUUUAAUAAUAUGAAAGUAUAUGUAUGCCAACCAAAUAAAAAAUAUCGUUUAGUUGACUCUAAUUUAUUUUAUGAAGAAUAUAAUAUAAUGCCUGAUCAGUACUGUGAUUACCUAAUUUUAGCUGGUGAUAAAACAGAUGGAAUAUCAGGUGUUCCUAAUAUUGGUGAUAAAACAAGUAAGUGCUUAUUAAAAGAAUACUAUAAUAUUGACAACAUAUUAAAGAAUUUACAUAAACUACCAAGCAAAUUACACAAUAUAUUUCUUAAUAAUUUAGAAAAUAUAAAUAUAUUUAGAAAGCUUAUUAAGCUAAAAUGUGAAACGAAUCAAUCGUUAGAAUUAAAUGAUUACAAACAAACAAACAUUAAAAAUUUCCAAGAAUUUCAAAAUUUUGUAGAUAAAUAUUCCUUACACAAAUUAUUACGAAAAAGUAUAAUAAUUAAUUACAAGUAA